AUGAUUUCAAUAAAAUCGCCGUCUCUGACGCCGGUGCCCUGCGCGCAGGCUCUGCUCGGUGUGGGCUGUUUGGCUUUCGCCCUCCUCGCGUUCAUGCUGGUUCGCCAGCUCGUCAAGCAGAGAAGACCUCCUGGUUUUCCUCCCGGUCCAUCUCCCAUCCCUGUGAUAGGCAACAUUUUUUCUUUAGCCACCGAGCCGCACGUCUUUCUCAAGAAGCAGAGUGAAGUUCACGGACAGAUUUUCAGCCUUGACCUGGGAGGCAUCUUGACUGUGGUGUUAAAUGGAUACGACUGUGUCAGAGAGUGCCUUUACCAUCAGGGUGAGGUGUUUGCUGAUCGGCCAUCACUACCUUUGUUCAAAAAAAUGACCAAAAUGGGCGGGCUUCUUAAUUGCAAAUAUGGCAAAGGCUGGAACGAACACCGCAAACUGGCCUGCAGCUCUUUUCGUUACUUUGGCAGUGGCCAGAAACUCUUUGAGAAGAAGAUCUCGGAGGAGUGCAUGUUUUUUGUCGAUGCCAUCGAUGAACACAAGGGAAAGCCCUUCAACCCCAAACAUCUUGUGACCAACGCAGUGUCCAACAUCACCAAUCUGAUCAUUUUUGGGCAGCGUUUUACCUACGAUGAUCGCAACUUCCAGCACAUGAUUGAGAUAUUCAGUGAGAAUGUGGAACUAGCAGUGAGUGGCUGGGCCCUCCUCUAUAACGCCUUCCCUUACAUUGAGUACGUGCCCUUUGGGAAACACCAGAAGCUCUUCCGCAAUGCUGCUGAGGUUUACAACUUUCUACAGGAGGUUAUAAAUGGUUUCUCACAGGGCAGAGUGCCCCAUGCACCACGCCAUUAUGUUGAUGCCUACUUGGAUGAGUUGGAGCAGAAUGCAGGACAUCAUGGGUCCUCUUUUUCUUAUGAGAAUCUCAUCUAUUCAGUGGGUGAGCUCAUUAUUGCUGGUACAGAGACUACAACUAACACUCUGCGCUGGGCCAUGCUCUACAUGGCUCUGUAUCCCAACAUACAAGAGAGGGUGCACAAGGAGAUCGACAGCGUGCUGUCCAAUGGGAGGGCGCCCACUUUGGAGGACAAACAGAGGAUGCCAUACGUAGAGGCUGUGCUGCAUGAGAUUCUUCGCUUCUGCAAUAUUGUACCACUUGGGAUUUUCCGUGCCACGUCCCAAGAUGCAAAAGUCAAUGGGUACACAAUCCCCAAAGGGACCAUGGUGAUCACAAACCUCUACUCGGUGCACUUCGAUGAGAAGUACUGGAACGAUCCUGGUGUUUUCUCACCGGAGAGGUUUUUGGACAGCAGCGGCAAUUUUGUGAGGCGCGAGGCUUUCCUUCCAUUCUCCUUGGGGAGGCGUGGAUGCCUGGGUGAACAGCUGGCUAGAAUGGAGAUGUUCCUCUUUUUCACAACUUUGUUGCAGAGGUUUCAUCUUCAGUUCCCUCCAGGAACUGUCCCAACUGUCACUCCCAAGCUGGGCAUGACCUUACAGCCCAAAACUUACCACAUCUGUGCGAUCCGCAGGCAACAGAAAGUUCCCUGCUCUGGACACACUCCUUUUUACAAGUAG